AUGAUGAAGAUGGGAGAGGGAGAAAGAGAGCGGCAGGGGUUUCUGAGGGAGGAGGCUGACCUUGAGGAGAUGCGGGGGAGGGGAGACACAAGAAUAGAGAAAGGGAGGGGUGUGGAAGAGGAGAGAGCUGUCAUCACUGCACCAAGAGAAGGCGAGAGCAGGACGGGCUGGAGGCAGACAGGAGUCCUGGGUAUCGGGGCUCAGAAAGUGCGAGUGGAGGACGAGCUGGAGGCGUAUCCCACAGGGUCUGUUGAUCUCCGCUGCGAAUUCAUCGAUGGAGGAGGCCGAACCAAACUCACACAGGUGUCUUGGAUAUGGGAACCCAUUGAUGGUCAAAGGGACAACAUUGCUGUGUACCACCCUAUCUACGGACAGAGUUUUCCCAACUUGUCCUUCAAGGAACGAGUUAUCUUCCUCCACAACAAUCUGGAGAACCCGUCCAUUAGAAUCUCUCAGCUGAAAAUGUCCGACGCCGGCCGGUACACCUGCGAGUAUGCCACCUACCCUUCUGGAAACGAACAGGGGACGACCAGCCUCGUCAUGCUCGCCAAGCCUAAGAACUCCGCCAACGUUGUGACCGUCCAGGCCGGCUCCAAGUCGGUGGUGGUGGCCCAGUGUGAGGCGGUGGACGGCAAACCGGCGGCCACCAUCAAGUGGCUGGCAUUGGUCGGAGGCAACCACUCGACCAGCACCACGAACGGGCCGGACGGCACGGUGACGGUACGCAGCGAGUACCGGCUGGUCCCCACGCCGGCGGAUAACGGCGGGGAGGUGACCUGCAUGGUCAACCAGAGGACACAGGAGCAGCCGUGGGUUUACCCUGUCAAGCUCUCGGUGGAAUACCCCCCCUCUGUGUCCAUAGAGGGCUACGACAACAACUGGUACGUUGGCCGGUCAGACGCCGUGCUGCUCUGCAUGGCCAACGGCAACCCGGCACCCACCACCGUCACCUGGACCGCUGCGUCUGGCGCUCUGCCGGACACGGUGGAGGUGAGCGGCAACAAGUUAACGGUGAGGAAGGUGGACGACGCCGUCAACACCACUUUCAUCUGCGAGGUCAAGAACAAGCACGGCGCCAGCCGGCACCAGAUCACCACCAUCGUCAUCGAAGCCCUGGAGGAUCCGUCGAGCGCUGGCGUUGUGGCGUGCGCCGUGAUCGGCUCCCUCCUGGCCCUGCUAUUGGUUGUCGCGCUCGUUGCCGUUCUCCUGAGCCGGAGUCGACGGCAGCAGAGGCGCGGCUACCCCGGCGGCGGGGACUCCGUAGCGGCCGGCGCUGGCGGCAGCAAUGGUGGGGACUAUGGCAACAAAGCCCGUCUGCUGUUCAGUGGGACUGGCAGCAAGAACGGGACGGGCGCGAACAACAACGGGCCCGUCUACACGUACCGGGAGGGCUGCGACGCCACGGGGACUCUGACAGAGAAGGAGAACGACUACCACCACCAUCACCACCUCCAUCAUGCCUCAAUGGGCAACCCCCCCACCGCCCACGACAUCCUCCUCAGCGGUGAGAUGGAAGAAGCCGACAGGAGGAAGUUCGACCUAGACGACAGCAUGGAGGAGGACUACGACAGGUUCGGGGCCAUCGGGGGAGGCAGGGACAUGCAGCCCCCCGCCUACCACGUCCACAGAGGCCACGGCGGCGAAGAAGAAAUGGACGUGUACCUCGACGACGACAUGGAGUCUCAGAGGGACGGCUCCGUCAUUUCCCGGACUGCCAUUUAUGUCUGAGGACAAGGGAGGGGUAUAGGGAAAGGUGAGGGCUGAAAAUAGUGAUCGUGGUGGAGGAAGAGCAGCCCUCUUUGCCACCGAACAAACCGACACAUCGGCCACCGAAAGAACCGACACAUCGCCUCGAUCAGCUAACCACCGACCCGCUUCACAUUCAGCCUGAUUAAAGAGAGGCCAUCCUCUCUGCUUGAUACCGGCUGUACAAUUUCAUGAAAGGGGACGGUGACGGAAAAACUUUCUAUGGCCCUUAGUGGACUGUGGUUGAUUAUGUGUUAAAUCAUGGAGACAGAUUUCAUUCCAUGUCAGCCGAAUAUAACAAAAAGGAAGAAAAAAAAAAAACGUACUGCAAAAAGCCAACAAAACCCACUCUGACGGCGAUGCUGCUUAUUGCUAUACGUUCUCGUUUCUUCAGCUUUGCCAGUGUGUGAUUGUGCUGAGUGAUUUGUUUGUGUUUUUAUACCUUUUACCAGAGAACGCAAUCCGCAAAGACUGGGAGCGCCGCAACCACCAUUCCAUAAUCAACACUACUCAUAAAUCGCCUUGCUGUUUCAAAAUAAACUCUACAUAAAACGGCUUGUGUGGAUGUUGCCACUGUGCUGCAGACUCUCCUGACAGGACUUUUUUUUUCGGGCGGGAAGGGUGGUGGUGGGAAGGGGGUAACAGUGUCUCGGGUGUCCCGCCCCACACUGUGACACCACCUGGUCCCCUGACGGGUGCCCGCCGGGAGCGAGGGCUGCCAAACUGAGUAACAUAACAGACAGUGUGUGCUACCGUGUGGCUGGCUGUGGUGUUGAUGAUGUGCAUCGUCUAUAUAUUGGGCGCCGUCUCGCUAUAGCACAGUUGUUGUUGUUGUUCUUGUUGUAGAUGUCGUUGGUGUCGUUGUUGCUGUUGUGUAAUGGUGUUGAUCUCGCUAAGGAAAAGACGCACCGGGAGCCUUGAGGGGGAGGGGGGGGGUUUCCACACAAUACCACAUUGGGUCGGUAAUGACUCAUUUAAUGGAUACAAACUCUACCAACUUUUCCCCCCCCCUUCUACUCUUUAAAUAUCUUCCCGUAUUUCCUCCUCCUUUAUUUCCUCUCUCCGUCUCGUUUCUUACUGUUCCACAUGCAUCCUGCCCCAUUUGUGUGUUUUGCUGACGCUCUGUCCCACACGCAUUACAUCUCUCUCUCCCAUUCUGCUUGUUCUUUAUUUACAUAAUGGGCGGCUUAGACGAGUGCCGCAACGGCUGUGUGCAGGGAGAAGGGGACAACUUGUGUUUAUAUUCCUAUCUGGGUCGCAUUCAACGAGGCAGAUACAUUCACCGGCUUUGUUGGAGGCUGCUGUAUUUCAUGUAUUCAUAUUCCCAGACUUGCAAAAUGUUCUUAGGCUAUGUGCGGGAUUAUUCCAUGUUCUGCGUUACGAUUGGACGGAAAGACACAUUUCCAGAGGGGAAGUGAAAUGGGCUGAAUUAAAUCUCAAACUCCCAACCUUUUUGUUUCUUUGAUUGUUUUUCUUCUAAGAGAUCUCUCACUUAGUUCAAUGAACAUGCAAGACUGGAUAGGAAAAUUGUAAUUUUUUACUUUGAUGAUUGGGAAAUCAAAUGAUUUGUAAUUAAUACUUCUUAGAAUGGAUUUUUUUUUGCAACACAUUUGCUAAUGCACAGCUCUGAAGUUCCUUGAACACAUUUGCCUUAUUGACUUCCAGCUUUUUCCUACUCACCGUCUUUUCGUUUUUUUCAGGGCCCCGAAUUGGCAGUUUCUCAAUUAACUGUUGAAUUACCAUAAAACUUCAAUCAAACUCCAAGUCCCAAUUAAAUGUAGAGUCUCUUUCACUCACCGGUUGUGGCUACACGUCUUGACAAAUAAACGCAGGUCUCAGUUGGCACUUCCCAACUUCCGCCCCUUUUCGCCCUGUGCUCCAAUCACAGUUGAACCUCGGUCAACUUUUCCUGUUUGCUCGCAUCGAGGUGAGGUUUUGCUCCCGGCCAAGAGGACGAUUCGCUGCUGCCGGGGGCGGAGCUUUCCGCCUCCCGCCGUAGUUCCAACCAUCGAAAACGAACCUGCAUGGUUUUGCCUGAUUUCUAGGGGUGUAACAGUUACCAAAAUUCUCAGUUCGGUUCAAUACGAAACAGUGGUGCCACGGUUCGGUAUGUUUUCAAUACAGCAAAAAAGCAGAAAUGCCAAAUCCUCGCUGGUGAGACUCUCAAGGGGGCGUGUCUGAAGAACAUGGCUCUUCAUCUCCAUUCAGUAGUGAGGUAAUGACUCGUAACAGUCAGGUAGCAUUAUGUAGUCCGUGACGUACGGCCGUCUGUUGUCAGAGCAACAGCGGGUGCUUCGGACAUUUGGUUCUCUGUUUAGGCUUUUGUUUUCUUUAAAAAAGCAGGAAUUAUGGUCUGGCGAAAUGAGCUUGUGAAUGAGUUGUGUCACGUGGCUCAAUAGCAUUAAGCAUGUUUGUACAGCCUGGUUUUCCACUCCAGAGUAGGGUCUCAUAUCCGCGGGUAUACUAUAUAUAUAUAUAUAACAAUUGCCUUAGCGAUUGCUUUAGCCCUGUUUGAAUCGGUAAGGAAUAGCUAC